AUGCCUCCCAAGCAGGAUUUGAACCGCUCAGGAUGGGAGUCGACCGACAUGCCCUCGGCUUGUGAGAAGUGCCUUGGUGACAAUCCUUAUGUCCAGGUCUUGAAAGAAGAUUACGGCGCUGAAUGCAAAAUCUGCACUCGCCCAUUCACGGUAUUUCGCUGGAAGACCGACCGCACAGCCCGCCAAAAGCGAACAAACCUCUGCCUUACAUGCGCUCGACUGAAGAAUUGCUGUCAGUGCUGUAUGCUCGAUCUGAGCUUUGGACUUCCCAUCGUUGUGCGCGACGCCGCCUUGAAGAUGAUCACACCUGGACCCAACAGCGAAAUCAACAGAGAGUACUAUGCGCAAAAUCAUGAAAAAGAGAUUGAAGAGGGUAGAGGAGCUAUCGAGGCAUAUGAAAAGACGGACGAAAAGGCUAGGGAUCUGCUGCGCAGACUCGCCCAGAGCGAGCCCCACUACAAGAAGCAGAGAAGAUUAGAAGAGGAGGGCGCUGCGUCGGGACAAAAGAUGCUCGAGGAGCCUCCUUCAGAAGGUGCCAGACCUGGACCAAUUCGCACAAAAGACUCGAGGCCAGCAGGAUAUGGACCUCCGUCACGUCCCGUCAAGGGUGCAUCCAGAGCACGCCCUUUCCCCAACACAGCAACCCUGCCACCACAACCACAAGACAUUCACCCUCCGGCCGACAAGAAUGUCAUGUCGCUUUUCGUUACUGGCGUUGAGGAUGACCUUCCCGAGCACGACAUUCGCGUCUUCUUCUCACAGUUCGGAGCACUUCGAUCCCUCGUUUGUUCGCAUCGAUCACACUGCGCGUUUGUCAACUACAUGACCAGAGAUACGGCCGAGGCAGCGGCUGCUUCAUGUCAAGGAAGAGCUGUUGUGAAGGGCGUGCCACUCAGAGUGCAGUGGGGCAAGCCCAAGACAUUGGACAAUAUGGACAGGGAGGCUCGCAUGGCGAACGCAAGAGCUGGACGCGAGACGAACGCAGCAGUCAAGGCAGCUUCAGCUACAAGGCCGGCCAUUGCUGUCGGUCCCUCAUCCUCGGCAGCUGGACCAUCUGGCAGUACAGACAACUUUGAUCUGGUCGCGCCUCCGCCUGGAUCAGAGGAUGUCCAAUACGCAAGUUUGGCAGGCGAGUAG